AUAAUUGAAAUACGCACCAGCGCAUUCAACGCAAAACCUGUGCACUUGUGUAACCGCUAUUAGAAGUCGAAUCAUGACUUCGUGCCGCCUGCGAUCCUGUGGCCGCUUCUACCUGGCCCUAGUGUUCGCGAUUUUGCGAAACGCGUGACGUGCCUUGACAGUACCGAUGCGGACAAGAGUAUUAUUACCGAUUAUUCAGUGCAGACGACAAUGUCUGGAAGCAGCGAUUCUGAAGAAUUUUUCGAUGCAGAGGAUGAUACUUUUCAUCACAAUGCACGAAAAAGCAAACAACGUGAUUCUAUCAGCAUUGAAAUACAAAGUAAGGAUGGAUCAGAAUCCAGUAGAAAAAUGGAUGAUGAUGUUUUUGUGAAACCUGCUCAACCUAAACCAAUUGUAGAACCAAAGGAACAUGUAACAAUAGAAUGUAUAGUCAAUAAAGAUAAAAAUGAAGAAGACGGAAAGGAUUCAAGUACAGAUAAGAGCGUAGGCAGAAGAAGAUUUCGUGAACUUAGGCAACGUAUGCAAACAGAGGAUGAUGAUAUUCCAAUUAACAGUUCUCCUCCAGAUAGUCAAACAUCGUCUAUUGAGGGUGUUUAUCCCACUCCUUCAAAAACAACUCAUCCAUUCAGGAUUAUAGAACAUGAUACUCUUAGUUUACAAAGCAUGACAUCUUUAGGACGAGUGGGUCGAAUUUUAGCUGGAGUUGGGGACAGUGCAUCUAUUACACUUGCACCAAAUGUAACCCAGUGCCCCACUUCUGCCACCCUUACCCGUGAAAGCCAGAUGUCCUCCAUUGUUAGUAUUCCAAGCAAAGACGAGGACACAGCAUCUGGUAAGGUGUCCCAGUCCUCCAGCAUCCUUACGUUAUCAGGGGAUAUCCUUCAGGAAUCCUCUGUUAACAGUAGGUCCAAUUAUAAUUCUCACUUGCAAAAUGACAAGACUGUUAUGCUUCAAGAACCGGAUGUCAUCGCUAGUACAAAGAAUAAUGGAAAGUCAAACGAAGACAUUACAAUGGCUGGGAUACCUGUUGCACCACCAAGACGUAAAAAAAAGUCAAAAGCUCAAACACCUUCUGAUCUUGCACCUUCCACGACAGAAUUGGCAUUAUCUGCUUCGCCGUUACCAAGUCCAGCAAGCACUAUCGAAUCUAUUACCAGAGAAUUUGAACAUUCUCUUGAUAUUCGAUCUGCAACGAAGGGACAAUAUGUUGUUAAACCACAAGAUGAAGAUAGAUCAAAAGCCGAAGGUCCAUCGACCGAAGAGUUGGAAAGGUUGGAAAAAAUGAAAGCUGAAUUAAUGAGUUUGAGAUCAAGCGACAAAUCUAGUAGUAGUCCACUGGGAUCCAUGUCCAAUAAUAGUAUUGGCCGUUAUUCAUUAGGUCCUCAUAAACUAUCGGGCUUAAGUCCUCAAGGUUCGAAGGAAAGACGAAAAUCGGCAGGUGAUCAAGAUAUGGUUCAACAGUUAAAUAUGUUUGUAAGAACAAGAACAGAUUCUGGAAAACGACUAACCGAUAUGGAAAUUUUGGAGCAAGUAACUGUUCUAAACUUAGAUACUGGAGAAAGAGUACCAUUAAGUAUAGCAGAAGAUAAAUUGCCACAGUGUAUUAAUCCUUUGUCACUUCAUAUUAUGAGACUUACUUCAGAAUAUAUAAGUAAUUCUAGUCUAGAAAAGGAAAAAGAAAGUGACGAGGAAAGUGUUGAUAGUAAAAUGUCUAGUAUACCACCGGAUGAAGAUGUAUCUGUUGGUAGAGUUCGGAAAAAGACGCAGAAGUUAAAACGAUUUUUAGGAUCUACCGUGAAGAAAACAAUGGAUAAAGCAAAAUCUAUUGCACAGGAAGUAUCGCAUGCAAGACAUAAAGAAGAUGUUAUGGAUAUAGUAGAUGAAGUAUAUCCUGGUGAACAGCAAUACAUAAAACUGAAAGCUUCUAAUAGUCACAAAGGACCAUAUGAAUUUAGUUGUUUACAGCAUGUUCAAGAUUUGAGUGGCGAGCAUGUGGGCCCUGUUUGGUGUAUGAAAUUUUCAGUUUGCGGACGAUUACUCGCUACUGCAGGUCAAGAUCGAGUUUUAAGAAUUUGGGUUUUACGGGAUGCUUUUACGUAUUUUCAAGAUAUGCGAACUAAAUACAAUGCUGAAAAAGUUAGUCCAACUCCUUCCCAAGAAUCUUUGGUUUCGCAACAGUCUAUGGAAGAUCCUAAUGUCGUGGCUAGUGCCUUUAGUGAAAUAGAAGGGACGAAAAGUCCCUUUAUGCCAAAGCCAUUUUGCACUUAUACUGGACAUACUUCGGAUUUGCUCGACGUUUCAUGGUCUAAAAAUUAUUUUAUCUUAUCAUCGUCAAUGGAUAAAACUGUGCGACUUUGGCAUAUAUCACGAAAGGAAUGCUUAUGUUGUUUUCAGCACAUCGAUUUUGUUACAGCAAUAGUAUUCCAUCCUCGUGAUGAUCGUUAUUUUCUCUCAGGAUCUUUAGACGGAAAACUUCGAUUAUGGAAUAUUCCAGAUAAAAAGGUAGCUGUGUGGAAUGAAGUCGAUGGUCAAACUAAAUUGAUUACUGCAGCAAACUUCUGUCAAAAUGGGAAAUUCGCAGUGGUUGGUUCUUACGAUGGCCGAUGUAUAUUUUACAACACCGAUCAGCUGAAGUAUCACACGCAAAUACACGUUCGAUCAACGAGAGGUAAAAAUUCAACGGGAAGGAAGAUCAGUGGUAUCGAACCAAUGCCGGGAGAAGAUAAAAUUUUAGUUACUUCAAAUGAUAGCCGAAUACGCUUGUAUGACUUGCGAGAUUUGAAUUUAUCAUGCAAAUACAAAGGUUAUGUUAACGUUAGUAGUCAAAUUAAAGCAAGCUUUAGUCCCGAUGGACAAUAUAUAGUUAGUGGUUCGGAAAAUCAAUGCAUUUAUAUUUGGAAAACUCAUCAUGAUUAUUCGAAAUUUUCAAGCGUACGUAGAGAUCGAAACGACUUUUGGGAAGGUAUAAAAGCUCAUAACGCUGUGGUGACAUGCGCAGUAUUUGCACCAAAUCCAGAUAGUAUUAUUAAACAAAUUGAAGAAAGAGAGCACUGGGAAGGUAAAGAAGAUGCAAAAAAUCUGGGUAGUUCCACCGUAGAUGUUCCUCCCGUCGAUCCUGUGGUCGAGCAGCGUACUAAAGGCUGUGGCGGUCAUGUUCUUGUGAGUGCGGAUUUCAAUGGCUAUAUAAAGGUUUUUCUAAAUAAGACAAAACCUAAGCACAGUUCCCUACCAGCAUCUGCUCUCGCGUAACACAAUACUAGUUUUAUUUGUGCACUAUUGUUAAUACAAAAAAAAAAAAAAAAGAUUAAUAAGAAAACACCAAUAUUAUAUACAACUAUUUGUUUUACCUCAGUGGAUUAUGUAGGACUCACUGUAUGCUGUUUUUAAAGUAAAUACGAUUGUAUUAAAUACUUUCAGAAACAGAAUAUUUUGAGAUGCAUGCCAAAAGGCUUACUUCACAAAAAGAAAGCUAAGAUAUAGUUAAUAAUACUAAAAUAUUCAUAAAUUCGAUGCUCAGGCAAUAUAUCGAUUUCUUUUAUUAUCAAGAUGAACAAAAACAUGUUUUUUUUUUAAUUUUUUGUAAAUUAAACAAUAUUUGCAUACAUAAUUUCUACUAAAGCUUUAAGUAAGCCAUAUAAACCGUUAUAGUUUUAUAAGAUAUCGUAUUUUUAGCACUUUUUUAAAUUGAACGUAUUUUUAUUGAUUUUUCUCUCUUGUAUUAUAUCUUUUCGGUGCUGGUUCACUGCGGUCAUAUAGAGUUAUACAUGGAAAUCUUGCCGAAAUUAUGUUACGAAAUACACGUGUUUAACGGAAUUGUUCGUUUCUAUUAUAUUUAUAAACCGAAAGAGCACCUUGAUGAAGAAACAAAGUAUAAAUACAGGCACGUAAGCGAUGGCUGAAUAGAACAAUUUAAUGGAUUGUAUGAAUAAACGUAAACUUAUACUUGAUGAUCCAUCGUUAGGCAAAUGUUGGAUAGUAUCUAGAAAGUUUCAUGAAAAUCAAAUUGGAUUUUCAAAUCCUAAUGGUUUCUAAAAUAUGUUCUAGAACUUUACCGUGAUAAGAUAGCGUAAUACAUCGAAGACAAUAUAUUAAUAAAAAAAAAAAGAAGGUGAUUUGAAGUUAAAAGGCAUCAUUGUUAAGUUUUUGUACGAACAGGAUUCACAUUUUAGAAACUAUGUCACCCCGUUCAAUCAGAAAAUUGACAUUGCACACUGUGUAUAUUUAAUUUAUACAUACCGUAUCAAUCCAAUCGGUCGAUGUGAACGAAAAGUUUAUUUCAUACGCAAACAUUACGCGUAUUACAUGAUACUCAUAACACUCGCUAUGUUUAAUGUUCGACACGAUGUCGUAACUGUCAUUUUAAUCUGAUUUAAAGGGUAUACGAAAUACCUGUUUCGCAACGUGUCAAUUAUAACGGCAGAGACGUAUACCGUGUACGAGGGGCAACAGCUUAAUGCUGUUUCAAACUCUGCAUUUUACGAUUCUGUGUAUUUGAUAAAUCAUGUCUUUAAGGAUGAUGCGCUAUUCAGUCGCGUGGUGAAGUAUGGAUCGAUGGUUGAUCUCUGUGUCGCUAAUAUUAUAAGUGCUUGCACAGACGCAAAAAUGGUGAAACCAUCGAAUUAUAACGUACGAUGUAUUUUAUCUGUAUCGUAAAUUUAAUGUAAAUACGCAGGAAAGAAAUUGUAGGUAUUUUGUGUAAAUGCAAUUGUAAAUAUAUUAUUCAAGCGAUAGCGUAAUCGCUUAUUAACGACAUUGUCAUUCCGACAGCGGCGUGCACAAAACUCUUGUUUGUGAUCUCGUAGUAAUCAAUAAUCAUGUAAUAUAUUAAUGUAUCAAUAGUGUAUUCAUGUAUGGAAAUGUGUCUGUUUUUUAAGUUGCCGUCACACAACAAUAUACAUAAAAUUUACCUUAAUCAUUAGAAACGUUUCUUUUCAUCUAUCGAAUCAUCGCGUACAUUUCACCCGACCGUUUCUUUGCUUCCAAUUUCUUACACGCUUGGAAUGUUGUAUCUUAAAAAAAAAAAAAAAAAAAAAAAAAAAACGCGAACAGUUAAUGGUCAAAAUUUAGUUAAGUAUUCCUUACACCAACAGGAAACACCUCUGGGUAUAUUCACAGAGGAGAAACCGAACAAUGAUCGUUGCUAAUAAGAUUCUAUCCAUUGUUACACACAGAGACACAAGUACCGGCUGGUACUCAUCUAUAGGUCAGCAAUGCGUGUGCGGUCAGUCGGUCGGUCGGUCGGCCGGCCGGUUGACUGUCAACUGAUUCACCCAUUUACAAUGUUCGUACGUCUGGUUGCACGUAUGUAUGUGCAGUCAUUGUCCUGGGUAAUUAGGAUAAAAGUGUACUACGCAAUUAAAGCUUCGUGUGAAAUAAACAAGUGAACAGUA